AUUUACUCUCUGCAAAAAGGGUACCUGUUGUAUCUAGUAACCAACUAUUCCCGGUAGUCAUGGCCGAAACCCCUGCUGCUCCCGCUCCCUGGUGUGGACGUGGUUCCAAGCCCCGCACCUUUAAGAAGCACUCCCCAGUGGUCUGCUAUGAUAAACCAGAGGCAUCGAUUGUUUCGAAGGCGGAAUACGAUGAUAAACGCUAUCAGGCUCUGACUGGGGAUCUGGUGGAGACGCUGGUGGUGCCCAAGCGGGAGGCUCGCACCUGGACGAUGCAGGCGGGCGAUCUGUGCCGCGUCACCGUCCACGAAGGUGCCCAGGUGGGCGACAUGAACUUCUGGAACCUGGACAACACCGCCGAGCGCUUCUACUCGGGCAAGACGCGGCAGCUGCACUCGUCGCACCUGCGCGUCUACGAUCGCCUGUGGAGCUGCCUGCCCCACCUGCGUCCCAUGGCCACCUUUGUGUUCGACUCCCUGGCCGCCUACGGCAUCGACGACGAUGGUGGCGCCCUGCACGACGUGAUUGGAACUCGGUGCGACGACUACACCUACAAGCUGAUCACGGGCAAGGAUCGGGUGGGCAGUUGCCACAGUUCCCUGGUCAAGGCGGUGGUGGAGGAGCGCGGACUGACGGAGCAGGACGUGCACGAUGUGUGGAACAUCUUCAUGUGCACCGGAUUCACCCGGGAGACGCAGCAGUACUUCUGCAAGGCGAGUCCCGCCCGCAAGGGGGAUUUCAUUGAGUUUGUGGCCGACAUGAAUCUGCUGGUGGCCUUAAGUGCCUGUCCCCAGGGCGAUGUCUCCAUCCAGGUGGGCGCCGAGGUGCCGGACGACAAGUGCCACCCCCUCAAGGUGGAGGUGUUCCGCCGAAAGUAACCGAAGCCAAACCCAAACCCAUUUGGGUCCCGUGUGGAGAAACCUGAUUCGAACACAGUGCCAUUUAUGUAAACAGUGGAUUAGAGAU